GCCGGCGAGCAGGGUAAAAAAUGUUGCCGCGUGCUCGCUCUCUCCAUCUCAGGUCUCAGCUCAGCGCAUCGAAUCUGGAGUCCAAGCCCGACCCGCAGCCCGCAGCCCGUCUCGCCUCGCGCUCGCGAAGGCUUCCUUUCCUCCCCCUUUCCGUCCAAAGUCUCCAAGAUGGAGUACCCCCACCAGCAGGCGGGCCCUUCCUCCACGACCAUCACCCUCAUCUGUCCGUACGCGACUCGCCGCAGGAAGAGGGCCGCGGGCGACGACCUCUCGUCGGCGGUGGACAUGGAUGUCGACGCCGACGCGCAGCGCGCCACGGACAAGCUGAAAGCAGUGUCAGAGGCACUUGGGCAUGAGAUCCGGGUUUUUUCAAGUGAGAACUUUGCUUCACAAACCAGCAAGUUGCCUAGUGCAGAUCAUGAGGAAGAUGACGACUUUUAUGAGCUUCAGCCUGCUGAUUACUACAACUUGAUUUCAAACAGGAUGGGAGAGCACUUUAAAAUGCUGAAGACUCGCAAGAUGCGGGAAGCAGAACUUGCUGCUCAGCGAGCAAAGAGAACAAAAACAGUAAUGAGGGUGCGUUUCCCGGAUGGCUACAUCCUUGAGGCUGACUUUAUUCCAUCAGAGAGGAUACAUAGUCUAGUGGACCUGCUCUUGAAAGUACUUGCUAGACCAGAUCUGCCAUUCUAUCUUUAUACAGUACCUCCAAAGAAGCGAAUACUGGACACAUCACAGGACUUCUAUACAGCUGGUUUUGUCCCUGGGGCUAAUGUUCAUUUUUCUUAUGAUCUCCCUGAAGAUGAUCUAAAAGCAGGACCCUUUCUCCGCGAAGAAAUUCUAAGUUUGGAUGGAUUGUCACUUCUGCUGAAACCUGCUAGUCAACCUGAUGAUUCUAGAAUGAACUCUUCUUCUCUUCAAUCUGAUGCAUCUCAAUCUGUUCCUGUACCAACAACAACAAAUAAGAAGCCUGGCAGACCAAAGUGGCUGAAAAGGUGAUACCACUCCAGGUGUCAAGUGUGUGCCAUCAACACAGAAUCACUCUGUUAGGCUUCUAAACACUAUUAAUGGCCGAACAAGCUCAAAUCUGAACAGGCUACACUGCUGUAGUACAAGAAUUGGAUCCUCUGCUUACAGAAGCUGCAGGGGCAUUAGAAAUAGAAUCCCACCUUUUUUUUCUAGGUGGGAGCCAAGUAGCAUGUAAAUUUGAAUGUGUCGCGACUCAUCAAGUCAUCAGAACAGUGCUCCGCUGUGGCUAAGCACUUUGUCAUCUUACAUUUCGUGUGAACCCCAUAGGAAGCUAGAAACGGCGGAGAUAAUAGUCCAGUGCUGUUAACGCUUCACGGUGCAAUGCCAUGCCUGUCUUCACUAUUCAGUCUUGACAACAAUAUAUUUCAGAAAACUGAAAGUGCCCGAGGUAGCUGGAAUAUACCAAGUGAGUGUGGCUUCCACCAUGGCAACUU